GAAGUCAGAAACCAACCCCUACCCAGCUGCUGCUACUGGUGGCGCCCCAGGGUCUAGUAACUCACCCCUGGAGCCAGGAGCGCGUCGGGCUCGGAGCUGCCGCGGCGUGUGGAGGGAGCUGCGUGCGGGAAACGUGCUGCAGGGACUUUGAGGCCGGUGUGAGGCGGGAGAUGGAGCCCGACAACGCGCAAACCACAAAUCAGACACAAGCAGAAUCUUUGUCUCCAUCCCCCAACACUGUGUCACCUGUGCCUUUAAAUAACCCAACGAGUGCCCCAAGAUUUGGAACAGUUAUUCCUAAUCGCAUCUUUGUAGGAGGAAUCGAUUUUAAGACUAAUGAAAAUGACCUAAGGAAGUUUUUUGCCCAGUAUGGGUGUGUGAAAGAAGUGAAGAUAGUAAAUGACAGAGCUGGAGUAUCAAAGGGGUAUGGUUUCAUCACUUUUGAAACUCAAGAAGAUGCACAAAAAAUUUUGCAAGAGGCUGAAAAACUUAAUUAUAAGGAUAAGAAACUGAAUAUUGGUCCAGCAAUAAGAAAACAACAAGUAGGGAUUUCUCGAUCUAGCAUAAUGCCAGCAGCUGGAACAAUGUACUUGACCACUUCAACUGGAUAUCCUUAUACUUAUCACAAUGGAGUAGCUUAUUUUCAUACUCCUGAAGUUGCAUCUGUUCCACAGCCAUGGCCUUCACGGUCCAUUUCCAGUUCCCCUGUAAUGGUAGCUCAACCUGUUUAUCAUCAACCUACAUAUCCUUACCAGGCACCUGCACAGUGUCUUUCAGGUCAGUGGCAAUGGAGUGUUCCACAGUCUCCUGCCUCUUCAACCUCAUUCUUUUAUCUUCACCCUUCUGAAGUUAUUUAUCAGCCACUAGAAAUUGCACAGGACAGUGGAUGUGUACCUCCUCCUUUCUCUCUAAUGGAAGCUGCAGUUCCAGAGCCAUAUUCUGAUCAUGGAGUUCAAGCAGCAUAUCACCAAGUUUAUGCCCAGAGUGCCAUAGCUAUGCAAGCACCUGUGAUGCAGCAUGAGCCAGUUAAAGAACCAAGGUUACAUUCUGUGAGAAGAAAUUUUUCACAUCCUUCAUCUGUGAGUUUGAAACCUCGAUAUACACGAAGCCCUCACUUUCAUCCUAGAAAAGACUACAGAAUGGAAGAUACAAUUCUCACUCCACCUUCCUCUACAGACUCUGUUAAAUAGACUCUUAGAUGUCUACUAUGCUAAUAUGUCUAGCACAUGGAGGGUAUAUAAUUUAGUAACUCUCAGCAUUUACUGAGUAUGCCUAAAUUAAAAUGGCCUUUUUUUUUGUAAAAGGAAUAAAAAGAAAUCUUGCAGUUCAUGUCAGCAAACACAGGAUAUGCAGGAUAAAAUCAUGGUUUCCUUUAUCAAUUAAUGCACAUUUAGGUGACAGACUUGUAUUUGUGAUAUACAGACUAUUGUAUAUGCACUAUUUAUUAAAGUAGUUUGAAAACAGCAUAUUUGUAUUACAGGAAAAAUCUAAAAUUCAUUUUUGUAUCAGAUACAUUACAACAACAGACAUUUUCAACAUUUGAGCCAUUUUCUUGUAGACUGACAGCAUAUACUUGAUUUGGAUACCAAUUAUUUUAUUUUACAUAUUGUUAUUUAAACAUAAUUGUAUUUUUUCACGUCAUGUAUAGUUUGUGUAACUUUAUUUUGUUGUUGUUGAAAUCAAAUCAGAUAAGAAUUCUUGCAUAGGUGUAAUUUUAGUUACUUUGUGAUAAGAAUUUUUAAGAAUAUAAUUUGGACCAUUUGUUUAUAAUUCUAUACCUUUAUCUGAGGCUGACACUGUUCUUAAAUACAGUAAACAAUACAUUCAUGUUUAUAUGAUUUUUAGCUAUAGAAAAUGAGCAAGAAUUUACUUAAUACUUUAUAUUUUAAGACAACUGAAAACCUGCACCUAGCAUUUAAGUAUUAAUAUUUUUCUACAGUCUAUGCAGGAUUAAAAACUCAUUGACUGACUAUAUCAUGUGUUGAGAUGGAAAACAAUUUUCUCCUCAGCUGCAAGGACUUAAUAAUUUAUUCCUUCUUUUCCCCCUUUGCCUUCCUUCCAUCUAUAUUAUUACAUUUUAAAUUCCUGAUAGAUUAAAACAUGACUACUGUAUUUAAUAUGAGUGCAAGCCAUGGCUUAUUGUUUAUGUAGUCUGAAAGUCUUUAUCUCUACCUUUCUUAUAUAUGUAAAAUGUUUUAAACUCUUUUUUAAAUUUUUGAACUGCUUGAUAGUGACUUUCCAACUGCAUUUGCAAUAUUCUGUUUUAGUUUUAUAUCAGGUGAAGGUCUUGCAGAGUGGGCAUUAUAUAUAGCAGUAGUAGAUACAUACACAGAUAGUAUUCAGUCUUAUUUAAAAUCCACUCUAGCAAUCAGUGGUUUUCUUUUAUAUUGUGCUGGGCCUUAUUCGUCUCUUUCUUACACUGGUUUAACUCCAGUUGAUUGACAUUGCUGAGAGAGGAGAGUCAAUCCCAUAGUAUAUAAUUUUAUUUACUGUUUUAGUAACACUCCAAGACUAAAGCAGUUUUGCACCAUUGUUGAACAGAAACAAGAUCACACAUAAAUAUGAUUUAUACCUCUUGUAAAAAACGUUUGUGAUGACCCAACAACUGUCAUUUUUAACAGUUUAUGUCAAAAUGUAAAUAUAACUUGGGUUCUUGAGGAUAUCAGCUCAUUGUUUUGGGGCAGAUCUUCAGCUGGUUUAAAUUGUCAUAGCUCCAUUGAGACAAUCUACGCCAGCUGAGCAUCUGCCCGGUUGUCUUUAUAUUUGGUUUAGGUUUUAGAAUUUAUCUGAAUAGAUAUGUUAUAGACAUUUUGGCACAUCCUAAAACUGCUUCAUCUAUGUGGAAGCAUUUGCUCAGUUGUAAAUACGGUUUUUGUAAGCAAAGGUAGCCAGGAAAGGUCUUGUGUUCUGUUAUCACAGCCUUAUUUCUAAUAUCAUGAAACAAUAUACAUAUCAAUUUGACUCAUGUUUAGAGUUCACAGUU